UAAUUUUUUUUGUAUUUAUUUAGUAAUUAAAAUUAAAAUGAUUAAGUUAAGUAGUGUUUUGAGUAUUAAAAGUGUAAGUCAAGUUUUACAACAUAGAUUGAUGUCACAAAAUGUUAAAGAGAGACCACUUUCUGGAAUUAAAGUUUUGGAUUUAACAAGAAUAAUCGCUGGACCGUAUUGUACGCAGAUAUUAGGUGAUUUAGGAGCAGAUGUAUAUAAAAUUGAACGAUUAGGUGCAGGAGAUGAAUGUCGCCAAUGGGGUCCGCCCUUUAUUAAUGGCACUGAUACAAGUGUAUACUUUGCUAGUGUUAAUCGAAAUAAAAAGAGUAUUUGCGUUGAUUUCCACACAGAAAAUGGUCGUAAGGUGAUUUAUGACCUUGCAGAAAAAUGUGACGUUCUAGUUGAAAAUUUUUUGCCUGGUAAAUUAGACAAAUAUAAAAUUGGAUAUGAUGACUUAAAAAAAGUUGCACCACAUUUAAUUUACUGUUCAAUAACGGGAUACGGUAACAAAGGUCCUUAUUCUAAUCGACCUGGAUAUGAUCAAAUUGCAGCCGCACGGGGUGGUUUUCUACAUAUUACAGGUCCUAAAGAUGGGGAACCUGUAAAAUGUGGUGUGGCAAUUACAGAUGUUUGUACUGGAUUAUAUGCACAUGGAGCUAUUAUGGCUGCUUUGUUGCAACGGAACAAAACUAAACGGGGUCAAAAAAUCGAUUGUAAUUUACUAUCAACUCAAUUAUCGGUUUUAAUUAAUAUUGGCGGUAAUUAUUUAAAUGCUGGUAUCGAAGCUGAACGUUUGGGAACAUCACAUGCUAGUUUAGUACCAUAUGAAGCAUUUCCUACUAAAGAUGGAUACUUGACAAUAUGUUGUGGUUCAAAUAGUCAAUUUGCAGAUUUUUGUAAACGUUUAAACGUUCCCGAAUUAAUAAAUGAUAAAAGAUUCGAUACAAAUCCACAUCGUGUAGAAAAUCGUGAUUCAUUAACACCAAUUUUACGUAAAAUAUUCAAAGAGAAAACUAAAGAAGAAUUAUGUGAAAUAUUUGAAGGUGCUUCAUUUCCAUACGGCCCUCUGAAUACGCUAGCUGAAGCAUUUGAUGAUAAACAUGUAAAAGAAAUUGGUAUUGUAAAAACUUUAACACAUGAAAAACUUGGAUCGAUUAAAGUUGUGGGCUCACCAGUUGUUUAUAGUGAAAAUGAGAAUAUUGAAUAUACGCCAAUACCACUUUUGGGUGAACAUACAACGGAAGUUUUAACAAAUGUUUUAAAUUAUGAUAAUAAAAAAAUUGAAGAAUUAAAAAAUUUAAAAGUUAUACAAUAA